CGAACUGGGGGCUUAGUGUGGACCAGGCCUAAGUCUUGGCAGGCUGCACUUUGGCCACGUCUAUUUGGAGCAAACCUUGUAUCUUAAGACACUCAGGCCUGAUCUACGUGUGAAAGUUAAGUCGACAUAGCUCACGCCCCUUAUCAAUGUGGCUAUGCCAACCUAACUCUUAGUGUAGAUGCAGAUGUGCCACCAAAUGCAUCGCCGUGACUACCAUCGUUCAGAGCAGUGGUGGAGCUAUGUCAGUACAGCCUCCGCAGUGUAGACGUACUCUCCCUCGGAUACUAUGAUGGUGGAUGUGGUAUCAGACUAGAGAGAGAGAGACCUGGAAUGUCCCGUCCUCAAACUGAGCUCUCCUCUGGGUAUAGUUCAUGUUAGCUGAGCUCAGGGUAACUCCAUGUCUGUCUCUCUCACACGGGAUUACAUGCAUUUUGAUGUUCAUGACUUGUGUUUCUCAGUGUCUCAAUGCUGGUUUUCUCCUCUGUUACAGGGUAGCGAAUUCCAUCCGAAGAGUGUUUAUAGCUGAAGUUCCCAUAAUAGCCAUAGACUGGGUCCAGAUAGAUGCUAACUCCUCUGUGCUCCAUGAUGAGUUCAUUGCACACAGAUUGGGUCUGAUCCCACUCACCAGCGAUGACAUUGUGGAUAAGCUGCAGUACUCCAGGGAUUGUACAUGUGAUGAGUUCUGUCCAGAGUGUUCUGUGGAGUUUACCCUGGAUGUCCGGUGCAAUGAAGACCAGACUCGUCACGUGACAUCCCGUGAUCUCAUCUCCAACAAUCCCCGGGUUAUACCGGUGACAUCACGGAGCAGAGACAAUGACCCCAAUGACUAUGUGGAGCAGGAUGAUAUCCUCAUUGUCAAGUUACGGAAAGGGCAGGAGCUGAGAUUGCGAGCCUAUGCCAAGAAGGGGUUUGGCAAGGAGCAUGCCAAGUGGAACCCUACAGCAGGGGUAGCCUUUGAGUACGAUCCAGACAAUGCGUUGAGGCACACAGUCUACCCCAAGCCGGAGGAAUGGCCAAAGAGCGAAUACUCCGAAAUUGACGAGGAUGAGGCCCAAGCUCCCUAUGACCCCAAUGGAAAGCCAGAGCGGUUUUAUUACAACGUGGAGUCCUGCGGCUCCCUCCGGCCGGAAACCAUCGUCCUCUCGGCACUGUCCGGGCUGAAGAAGAAACUGAGCGACCUCCAGACCCAGCUAAGUCACGAGAUCCAGAGUGAUGUCCUGACUAUAAACUGAGCCCUGCCCCUUUCCCCUUGUGAUCAAGUCACACUGAUGAGCGGCACGGUUCAUGGAGCCACCUGCUUUUCUCCUGGGGCGGGGCUAAUCGUAGCCACGUGAACGUGCAGCCCUGCUCCUUGUGUGCUGAACCUUCAGGCCUUUCUGGCACUCAACUGGUGGGGAUGUGAUGUGUAUUGAGACGGCUUCCCAUCAGUCGCCCCUUAGAGCAUGGAAGCUGCUCUGGGGAAGCAGGGGCGAGAUUUCCAGCAUAGUGCAGGGACGCUCCCAGGUGUGGUAUAUUAUUGUAAUGGGGGGAGGGGGGGAAUCUGUAAAUGACCCUAUCUCUUGCCUGUUGUCACUGGACUCUGGCCAUCCGUCGGUUGGGAUUUGGAAGUAUGUAUCUCAGCUCAGUUGCACAGCUGUAUCCUGUUCGUUAUCACGCUGAAUAAAGCCUUUUUCCUACGUUCA